CCAGUUCCUCUCCACACGUCGCCCGCUCGUGCUUGCGAGGCGGCGGCGCCCGCUCCCCUUCGCCUCUCUAGCCGCACCGGCCUCCACCCUUUGAGGCAGCGCGCGAUCCAGCGACGCGGCGGUGGCCGCUGACGAAUGAGUCCGUGUGAUCCAACGGCGCGACGACGUCCGUAUCCCUCGCUCUCCGGUCGCACCACCCUCCUCCCUUCCUACAAAGUGGGUGCACACAGGGAGGCCCCGGCGAACGAGCCCGCGGCAUGGCCGCACGAAGCCCUCUGCUCCCUACAUGUUCGAGAUCUGCACUGGUAUUCCCUGCUGGGUGCUGGUUGGUCUGCCCUCCAACACUAUUAUCUCUCAUUAGCGUGCAAGAGGUUGGUGUCGUACUCACCAUAUGGAAUAUCGUCGAUCACUUCGUCUAAAUCAUCUAUAGAUGACCACCGUGGUGCGCCAACAAGUGUCGCUGCCUCCUGAAUUCGUUAGCCGCCGCGUGGAUUCGCCAUGGUUGCCUUGUGGAGUCACCUCCAUCGCCACCACGAGUAGCCGCCGCCGCCGCCGCCAGGAGUCCCGUCACCGGCAAGGUGAUGUUGUUGCUUACUGCUAGCCUCCUCAUGUUGUUGCUUACUGCUGGCCUCCAGGGAGUGAGUCCAGUGACACAGAACGUUCAACUAUGAGGAUCAAGGAAAUUACGAUCAUUCAGUCAUUGAGGAUUGAGGGAAUUAUGAAGGCAACAAAAGGGGUAGUAUUACGAUCUCAUGCCAUCUCACACAUAGAUUAUUUGUUCUUAUUUUGUUUAAUAUGCUUCACUGGAACAAUGCAAACUAUUUAUUCUGUUCCAUCAUUUGGCAGAGCAAUGCGAAAGUUGCAAAGUAUCAACUGAUAGAACAAACUGAAAAUGAUAACAUAUGCCAGCUUUGCAAAGUAGAGAAGCUUUAUUUUGAGCCUCCACCAAUUUAUUGUUUUCCUUGGGUUUCUCAGAUAAAACGAAAUGCAUCGUUGCUACUGAGAUAGCCAAUCCUCCGUCCUCUGUCCCCUGCUCCUCCCCUCCAUCCUCCGUCCUCCGUCCUCUGUUCCCUGCUCCUCCCCUCCAUCCUCCGUCCUCUGUCCUCCGUCCCCUACUCCAACUUCACACUCGCCGACGAGCCAGUAGCACCGCCGCUCGAAGCCCCGAUGAGAUAGCCAAUUUUUCUCCAGCCUAUAUAGCCAGCCAUCAUCCGAGUCGGUCGCGACGAAGCCGCUAAAGAUCGGUGUCGUGCUUCCUGAUGGCCGUAUGGACAACCCUCUGCCCAGGCUCAAGGGGGCAAUUGAUCUACGACGUCUUUGAUUACCUGCACGAGCAUGCCAAAAGCAGCACCAUGUGUGGAUUCAAGGGAGGUCCGGCCAGUGUCAUGAAGGGCAACUACGUCGAGCUGACUACUGAUUUUGUGCACCCCUACAAAAACCAGUCAGAUUCAUAAUUCUUGAUGUAUCAUGGGUGUACUAGCAGAGAUGGUGAAUGCUUUAGACCCUCUAAACUGAGAGAUACCGUGCUAAACGUGUACAACCGACAAUCCGAGAUCAAUACUUCUGCUCAGACAAUCUUGAUUGGUUAUCAAAAUUUCUUAGCAGAGCUCCUAGCCUCCUACAGAAGCUUAAGAUUAUGCCUGCUACAUAUAUUUGGAUGUUCAAAGCGGGUGUGUUCGGCACGGCUCCUACUCUCAAAUUCUGUACGGGAGCCGAGGGAGCAGAGCCGAAUGCCAAGAGCUCCAAGAAAAUAGGAUCCGUGGAUCAGCGAGGAGCAGAGCAGAAAAUAGACUAGCGCGGAGGAGCGACCCACAGGUUGAUUCUAUUUUUGUGGAAUCAAAAAGGCCCAGAGAAGUUAAGAGAUAUUACCCACCAUUGCCAUUACUAACCCCAAAUCUCAUACCGCUUCGGUCAAUCUGUUUCAUAUCUUCUCUUUCCCUCGUACAAGAAACAGAGAUAGACGACCGGUGGCAGCCACGGCCGUCACCGAGGCCGCGACCGGCAGCAGCCACGGCCGUCACCGGAGAGCUACGAAGACGACCUGCUACAGUGCCGAAUUUCAUUUUCCAUUUAUCCUGUUAAGUAGCAAUGGAAGCAACUGCUGAGUGGAAUGAAGAACACACUCGAUUGGUUUGUGAGCUGUUCAAGGAACAAGUUGAGGCUGGAAAUCGCCCAAAUACACAUAUGAAUAACAUUGGGUAUGCAACAGUGAUUGAUAAAUUUUAUCAGAAGACUGGAAUACAGUACAACAAAAGACAGUUUAAGAAUAAAUGGGAUAAACUAAAAAGUGCUUACUACAUUUGGAAGAGUUUGAAAAAGGAGACAGAUAUGGGCUGGGAUCCUGUGAAGCAAACAGUUACAGCUUCAGCCGAGCGUUGGAAAAAUCUUAAGAAAAAAUACCAAGGUUGUGGUAGGUUUCAAAAGGCUGGACUUCAAAAUGAGGACCUUUUGGCCAAGAUCUUUGAAGACUUGCGCAACACUGCUGAAGACCAUUGGCCUCCUGCUAAUGGUAGCAUGCCUCAAAGUCCUCAGAAUGUUGAUGCUGAAGACCACGGAGAUGAGAACGAGGACAAAGAAAGUGAGGAGGAAGAUGAGUCUCCAGUUAUUAAUAAUAAAGGAAAAAGUGUUGGUGGUGCUAUAGAAGGAAAAGGAAAAAAAUCAAAAAGUGAUUCUGCGAUCAUGCAAUACCAUUUGAAAGAAACUGUUGAGCUGAGCAAGAAGUCGCAAGCAGCCAUUGAAUCCAUUGCUAAACAACGAGAGGAUGCCUCAGUUUGUACCAUCAAAGAUGCGAUGACUCUGGUUACAGAAUGUGGUGCUGUCAUCGGCACUAAUGAGCACUUCAUUGCUUCUGAGAUUUUCGUAAAGAAGGAGCAAAGAGAAAUGUUUAUGACCAUACUUGAUGCUAGUGCACGCUUUGACUGGCUUCAAAGGAAAUAUGAUGCCAAGUAUGGCAAAUAGAUUAUAAUAUUUUGGUUGUAAUUGUUAAGGCAUUCCUAUAAGUAGUAUGCCUUCAACACUCCUAUCUUUCAUGUUGCAUUUAGUUAUUUAUUUGGCUCGUAAGACCCUGUCCAGUUUGUUACAAAUUAUCUAUUUAUGUACGUCAUUAUUGUUA